ACUAAACUCAACCAACCAGUUUCCGUGGACAAAUACUUCUCCAUAUAUACACAUGAGAGUGACUUCUUCAAAAACUUCCUUGGGCCUUCUUCAAGAUACACACAAGCCACUCUUUUUACACUUAAUUUCAAACCUCUACCAACCCUAAUUCCCUUAACAAACGAAAAUGGAGGAUAAAAUGCGGGGUUCGAGACGGCGAACGAGCCGGGGUAGCUGGAGCAUGGACUCCGGCGGGCGGCGCAGCGUACGGGCGGAGGAGGACGAGGAAGCCCUGAGAUGGGCUGCGCUGGAGAAACUACCAACGUACGACAGGCUGAGGAAAAGCGUAUUCAAAACGUUUGUGGAGACUAAGGUUGUCCACCGGGAAGUUGAUGUAAGGAAGCUUGACGUGAACGAUCGGCAAGAGUUCAUUGACAGGUUCUUCAGGGUUGCUGAGGAAGAUAAUGAGAAGUUCUUGAAGAAGCUUAGGAAUAGAAUUGACAAAGUUGGGAUUUCCCUUCCGACGGUGGAAGUGAGGUUCGAGCACUUGACGGUGGAGGCCGACUGCUUCGUCGGGGAUAGGGCGCUGCCGACGCUGCCAAACGCUGCCCGCAACAUCGGCGAGAUGGCGCUGGGCUGCUUCGGAAUCAGUCUGGCUAAGAAAACAAAGCUCACAAUUCUCAAAGAUGCCUCAGGCAUCAUAAAACCCUCCAGGAUGACACUUCUAUUAGGACCUCCCUCUUCUGGGAAAACGACUCUUUUGUUGGCUCUAGCAGGAAAAUUAGACCCUACUUUAAAGAUAAGGGGAGAAAUCACAUACAAUGGGCAUAUGCUGAAUGAGUUUGUACCACAGAAAACAUCAGCGUAUAUUAGCCAGAACGAUGUUCAUGUAGGAGAAAUGACUGUGAAAGAAACCCUGGAUUUCUCAGCAAGAUGCCAGGGUGUUGGAUCCCGAUACGCAGAAGUUGAUCUUUUCAUGAAGGCAAUUGCCAUGCAGGGAGUAGAGAGCAGUCUUAUUACUGACUACACUCUAAGGAUAUUGGGGCUUGAUGUGUGCAGAGACACCAUUGUCGGGGAUGAAAUGAUAAGAGGAAUUUCUGGAGGUCAAAAGAAGCGUGUUACAACAGGAGAAAUGAUUGUUGGGCCUACAAAAACACUAUUUAUGGAUGAGAUAUCAACGGGCUUGGACAGCUCAACAACGUUUCAAAUAGUCAAGUGUUUGCAACAAAUUGUACAUCUCACGGAGGCCACAAUUUUCAUGUCCCUUCUCCAACCAGCUCCAGAGACAUUUGAUCUCUUCGAUGACAUUAUUCUAUUGUCAGAAGGUCAAAUUGUGUAUCAAGGCCCGAGAGAGCACAUCAUUGAAUUCUUCGAAAGUUGUGGGUUCAAAUGCCCUGAAAGAAAAGGAACUGCCGAUUUCUUGCAAGAGGUCACAUCGAGAAAAGACCAGGAGCAAUACUGGGCAGAUAGAAGCAAACCAUAUAGAUACAUUCAUGUUAGCAAAUUUGCCAAAAGAUUCAAACGCUUCCACGUCGGCUUACGCCUUGAAAAUGAACUAUCUGUCCCUUACGACAAGAGCCGAAGCCAUAAAGCAGCUCUAGUGUUCAAGAAGUACUCCAUCCCCAAACGACAGCUCCUUAAGGCCAACUUCGAAAAGGAAUGGCUUUUGAUCAGGAGAAACUCAUUCGUCUACGUUUUUAAGACCGUGCAGAUAUUCAUCGUUGCCAUCAUCACAUCGACUGUCUUUCUACGCACUCAAAUGCAUACUAGGAACGAACAGGAUGGUGCAAUCUACAUUGGUGCAUUGUUGUUUAGCAUGAUAUGCAACACCUUCAACGGCUUUGCAGAGCUCUCACUUACGAUACAGAGACUUCCGGUAUUCUACAAGCAUCGAGACAUUCUUUUCCACCCUCCUUGGGCUUUCACUCUGCCUACAUUUUUGCUACGGAUACCAAUCUCCAUUUUUGAGGCUACCGUGUGGAUGGUUACAACAUACUACACCAUCGGAUUCGCCCCUGAACCUAGCAGGUUUUUCAAGCAAUUCCUGUUGAUAUUUGCUAUCCAGCAAAUGGCUGCAGGGAUAUUCAGGUUGAUAGCAGGAAUAUGUAGGACGAUGAUCAUAGCAAACACCGGUGGCUCGCUUGCUCUCUUGCUCGUUUUCCUCUUGGGUGGUUUCAUCCUACCUAAAGACCAAAUCCCAGAUUGGUGGAGAUGGGGUUUUUGGGUUUCACCUUUGAGCUACGGCUAUAACGCCCUCGUAGUAAACGAGAUGUUUGGUUCGAGAUGGAUGAACAAAUUGGCGUCGGACAACACUAGAAGAUUAGGGGUGGCUAUAAUGAACAAUUUCAAAAUUUUCGUUGACAAGAACUGGUAUUGGAUAGGCAUGGGAGCGUUAUUGGGGUUCACGCUACUCUUCAAUGUUCUUUUCACUUUAGCUCUCAUGUAUCUCAACCCUCUUGGAAAACCACAAGCUAUAAUAUCCAAAGAGCAAGCGAGGGAGAUGGAAGUCGAGCAGGAAGAUACAGAUGGAACACCAAGACUUAAAACGACAAAGUCAAAGAAAAAUUCAUUCUCUCGAUCCUUAACCUCUAGUGAUGGAAACAAUACAAUGGAAAUGAUAGUGCAGCGUAUGAGCAGUCGUUCUAGUGUCCACGAAUUAAGCAGAAGUGACAACUCGAGCACUGGGAUAGUUCGAGGCGUUGCCCCAAAGAGAGGAAUGGUUCUACCAUUUACCCCUUUGGCUAUGUCGUUUGACGACGUAAACUACUUUGUCGACAUGCCACCAGAAAUGAAGGAACAAGGAGUAAUAGAAGACAAACUCCAAUUACUAUGUGAAGUAACUGGAGUGUUUAGGCCAGGAAUUCUGACUGCACUAAUGGGGGUAAGCGGAGCAGGAAAAACAACUCUAAUGGACGUUUUGGCGGGACGAAAGACGGGUGGUUACAUUGAAGGUGACAUUAGGAUAUCUGGAUUUCCCAAGAAUCAAGAAACCUUUGCAAGAAUCUCUGGAUAUUGUGAGCAAAAUGAUAUCCACUCGCCUCAAGUAACUAUCCAUGAAUCUUUGAUCUACUCUGCAUUCCUUCGGCUACCUAAAGAAGUUAGCGAUGAACAAAAGAUGGCUUUUGUUGAUGAGGUGAUGGAUUUGGUUGAGCUGGACAAUCUCAAAGAUGCCAUUGUUGGGAUCCCUGGAGUUACUGGAUUGUCAACAGAACAAAGAAAAAGAUUGACAAUAGCUGUUGAACUUGUUGCCAACCCAUCCAUCAUAUUCAUGGACGAGCCGACUUCUGGUCUGGAUGCAAGAGCAGCAGCUAUCGUCAUGAGGACAGUGAGAAAUACAGUCGACACAGGGAGAACCGUCGUUUGCACGAUACAUCAGCCUAGCAUCGAUAUCUUUGAAACUUUUGAUGAGUUACUUCUAAUGAAAAGAGGAGGGCGUGUUAUCUAUGCUGGACCCUUAGGCCAACACUCACAGAAAGUCAUUGAAUACUUUGAGACAAUUCCUGGAGUCCCAAGAAUCAAAGAGAAAUACAAUCCAGCAACCUGGAUGCUCGAAGCUAGCUCGGGCGCUACAGAAGCCAGACUUGGACUAGAUUUCGCCGAACACUACAAAUCAACAUCGUUAUAUCAGCGAACUAAGGCUCUCGUAAAAGAGUUGAGCAUGCCGGCUCCCGGGGCGAAAAACCUAUACUUCAGCACACAAUACUCACAACCCACAUGGGAUCAAUUCAAGUCCUGCCUAUGGAAACAAUGGUGGACUUACUGGAGAAGUCCCGACUAUAAUCUUGUUAGAUACUUCUUCACUUUGGCUUGUGCACUCCUAGUUGGGACGAUCUUCUGGAGAAUUGGGAUGAAAAAGAACACAGACACAGAUCUUUUGACUAUCAUUGGAGCAAUGUAUGCCUCCGUUUUGUUCCUUGGGAUCAAUAAUUGUUCGACAGUGCAACCUAUUGUAGCCGUGGAACGAACUGUGUUCUAUCGAGAGAGGGCUGCAGGAAUGUACUCAGCACUACCAUAUGCCCUUGCACAGGUGAUCGUAGAGAUACCGUAUGUGCUCAUUCAAACAACAUUCUACACUCUAAUAGUGUAUGCAAUGGUGAGCUUCGAAUGGACAGCAACCAAGUUCUUCUGGUUCUACUUCGUCACCUUCUUCUCCUUCCUCUACUUCACAUACUACGGCAUGAUGACCGUUGCCAUCACACCAAACCACCAAGUGGCAGCAAUUUUUGCUGCAGCCUUUUACGCUCUUUUCAACUUAUUUUCUGGCUUCUUCAUCCCCCGACCAAAAAUUCCCAAAUGGUGGAUAUGGUACUACUGGAUAUGCCCGGUGGCGUGGACAGUAUACGGACUAAUCAUCGGCCAAUACGGGGACGUGCAAACAACAAUUAGAGUAGCAGGGACAUCCACUCAACCGAUGAUCAAACAGUACAUCCAAGACCACUUCGGAUACGAUCCAAACUUCAAGGGGCCGGUGGCCGCAGUUCUGGUUGGAUUCGCGGUUUUCUUUGCCUUCAUGUAUGCUUAUUGCAUCAAGACACUGAACUUUCAGACAAGGUAGAUCUGAGUUAGACAUGAGACUACAAUGUGAAUUGUGAAUAUACUUUACGAGUCCUUACUAUGAGACUGUAUUAUCUUUCUUUUUCAUGUGCUAGACAUGAGAAUGAUGAUAAUGUUACGUGUACUUGAUUCUAUGAAUCUGACAUCAAACAUAGUGAUCUUCCAAGAUUCUUGAAAUAGUUUAGCUAGAUUUUGUGACUGAUAAGAAAUAGUUAUCAAUGUAAUUGUAUUUUUUAUCAAGUUAUUAUGUAAGAAGAAAUUUGUAA